UUUGUUCAGUUCUUUGUUGUUGUUUGGCGUUCGCAUUUCGCCCGUCGUCGUCUGAAUUUUUUGUGAUAUGCGCGCUAUUUCGGUGAUAAGCAGUGUACUUAAAAAAUCAGCGACUGUUGACAAUUAGUAAUGGCCAGUGGAAGCAGCUUGCGAUGUUAGAGUAGCCAAAUUCCCCCACUGCGGACGAACUGCAAGUGCAAACUGCAGUGUAUACGCGCUUCACUGCGGCGCCGAUCAACGGAACGAAUCCGAUCUGGAGUGGAUAGUGGAUAGAGAGCUAGCCCUAGAAUAGCCAGGUCGAAGAAUCGCUAGCCAUGAAGUUCGCCGAGCAUCUGUCGGCGCACAUAACGCCCGAGUGGCGCAAACAAUACAUCAACUAUGAGGAAAUGAAGGCCAUGCUGUAUUUGGCCGUGGAGGAGGCGCCAUCGGUGGAGAGCGUCGAGGACGACGUGUUGAAGCGGCACUUUGCCAACUUCGAUGAGAACUUCUUUCACUAUUGUGACAAGGAGCUGAAGAAGAUCAACACGUUCUACUCAGAGAAACUGGCGGAGGCCACGCGAAAGUUUGCCACCCUGAAUGCCGAACUGAAGACCUCCAUCGAGGAGUCGGAGCGGAGUGCCAAGAAGUCCAAGGGCCAGAAACGGCAUGCUGCCUUGCCGGAUCGCAAGGCACGCGAGUUGAAGUUGGCCUUCAGCGAGUUCUACCUGAGUCUGAUCCUCCUGCAGAACUAUCAGAAUCUGAAUCACACCGGCUUUCGUAAAAUACUCAAGAAGCACGAUAAACUUUUGCGUGUAGACAGCGGCGCCAAAUGGAGGCAGGAGUAUGUGGAGGCAUCGCACUUCUUCACCAACAAGGACAUCGACAACAUCAUCAAUGAGACGGAGACGACGGUCACCGGCGAACUGGAAGGCGGCGAUCGGCAGCGAGCGAUGAAGAGAUUGCGAGUACCACCGCUGGGCGAACAACAGAGUCCGUGGACCACCUUCAAGGUGGGCCUCUUCUCCGGCAGCUUCAUAGUGCUGGGCAUUGUGGUGGUGCUGUCGGCCAUAUUCCAUGAGAUCAGUGGCGAGAAUCUGAAGGCCACGUUCCGACUCUACCGCGGUCCCCUGCUCAUCAUCGAGUUCAUCUUCCUCAUCGGCGUGAACAUCUACGGCUGGCGGUCGUCUGGCGUUAAUCAUGUCCUGAUUUUCGAGCUGGAUCCACGAAAUCAUCUAUCCGAGCAGCACCUCAUGGAACUGGCAGCGAUCUUCGGCGUGAUCUGGACAAUAAGCAUGCUGAGCUUCCUGUACAGCGCCAGUUUGGCCAUUCCGGCGUUCAUCAAUCCGCUUACGCUUACGCUGAUUAUGGUGCUAUUUCUGGCCAAUCCGUUCCAUGUGCUCCAUCACGACGCACGAUUCUGGCUGUGGCGGAUUACGGGAAGAUGUUUGUCUGCACCGUUCUUUCAUGUGGGCUUCGCGGAUUUCUGGCUGGGCGAUCAGCUCAACUCGUUGGCCACAGCGAUUCUCGAUUUCGAGUAUCUCAUAUGCUUCUAUUUCACAAAUGGCAACUGGACGGAGGCGAAGGAUGCCUCUAUUUGCAUGGAGAAGGACUUCAUCAUCCGGCCGAUUGUCAAUUGCCUGCCCGCCUGGUUUCGAUUUGCACAAUGCCUGCGCCGAUAUCGGGACUCGCGGGAGGCCUUUCCUCAUUUGGUGAAUGCUGGCAAAUACUCCACAACCUUCCUGGUGGUGAUCUUCGCCACCCUGAAGAGCUUCAACAGUCCGAACUAUGCCAGCACAUUUGAUAAUCCUUAUACCUGGCUGUGGAUUAUCGCCUCGAUUGUGUCCUCUUGCUACGCCUACACGUGGGAUAUCAAGAUGGAUUGGGGUCUGUUCGACAAGAAUGCUGGCGAGAAUACUUUCCUGCGUGAGGAGGUUGUCUACUCAUCGACGGGCUUUUACUACUUUGCCAUCGUGGAAGAUCUGGCGCUGCGCUUUAUUUGGGCGCUGUCUUUCUACCUCACCGAGAUGAAGAUCGUGAGCUCAGACAUAAUGACCUCCAUCACAGGCAUCCUGGAGGUAUUCCGGCGCUUUGUGUGGAACUUUUUCCGGUUAGAGAACGAGCAUCUGAACAACUGCGGUAAGUUCCGAGCCGUUCGAGACAUCUCGAUAGCGCCGCUGGACUCCUCCGACCAGGCGCUCAUCCUGCGCAUGAUGGACGAGACUGAUGGUGUGAUCAAUCGCUACACGAAGACGAACCGACCAAAGCCCAAGAAGGUCAAGGACCCGGAGAAGCGGAGCCUGCUGCAGACGCGCGGAUCGCUGCCCGACCUCAGGAUCGAUAUGGACAGUAAAAAAUUGUAGGCAACGAUCGCCGCCCACCGAAUUGUGCUUCCUAAUGAACGAUUUUGCGGAACGUCUUCUACGAAAGUUUAUCCCUAAUUCAAUUUACACACUUUUUUUCGUAAUUUUUUUUUUCGUUGUUUAGCUAAUUUGUAUAUUUA